AUGGCCAUGCCGAUCUCCUCGGAUCUUCGAGCUCCUUGCUCUCUCCUCAUGGCAACCCUGAUGCUGAUCAUCUUCCAAGCGCAAGGCAUCACUAGGCACUACAAUUUCAAUGUUCAAAUGGCGAACGUGACGAGGCUGUGCGCCACCAAGAGCAUCGUGACGGUGAACGGGGAAUACCCCGGGCCGGCGCUGGUGGCGAGGGAGGGCGACCGCGUCCUCGUCCGCGUCACCAACCACGUCGCUCACAACAUGACGCUGCACUGGCACGGCAUCCGGCAGCUCCGGAGCGGUUGGGCCGAUGGGCCGGCGUACAUCACGCAGUGCCCGAUGCAGACCGGGCAGAGCUACCUCUACAACUUCACCAUCACCGGGCAGCGCGGCACGCUCUGGUGGCACGCGCACAUCUCCUGGCUGCGCGCCACUGUUUACGGCGCCAUCGUCGUCCUCCCCAAGCACGGCGUGCCUUACCCGUUCGCCGCGCCGCACAAGGAGGUCCCCAUGAUCUUCGGCGAGUGGUGGAAGGCAGACACGGAGAAGUUGGUCAGGCAGGCGACUAAGACCGGUGGAGCCCCAAAUAUUUCUGACGCUUUCACCAUCAAUGGUCUCCCAGGACCGCUCUACAAUUGUUCCGCCAAAGACACGUUCAAGCUGAAGGUUGAACCUGGGAAAUCAUACCUGCUGCGCCUCAUCAACGCUGCUCUCAACGACGAGCUCUUCUUCUCCGUCGCCAACCACACACUCACAGUCGUCGAGGUCGACGCAGUCUAUGUCAAGCCGUUUACCGUCAAGACCCUGAUCAUCUCCCCAGGUCAGACCACCAACGUCCUCCUCACCGCCAAGCCGUUCUACCCCAGGGCCAACUUCUACAUGUCCGCAGCGCCCUACUCCGUCAUCAGGCCCGGCACCUUUGACAACACCACGGUCGCUGGCAUCCUCGAGUACCAAAAACCCGGCGGCGCCCCCUCCGCGUCAAGCUUCGACAAGUCCUUACCGCUCUUCAAGCCUACCCUACCGCGGUUCAACGACACUGGCUUCGUUGCCAACUUCACCGCCAAGCUCCGAAGCCUUGCCACGCCGCAGUACCCAGCGGCCGUGCCGCAGUCGGUGGAUAAGAGGUUCUUCUUCACCGUCGGGCUGGGCACGCUCCCGUGCCCCGUGAACGCGACGUGUCAGGGGCCUACCAACACCACGCAGUUCGCGGCGGCCGUCAACAAUGUCUCCCUGGUGCUCCCUUCCACGGCGCUCCUCCAGUCUCACUUUGCAGGCACGUCUCGAGGCGUCUACGGCUCAAACUUCCCGAUCAGGCCCCUCAAAAAAUUCAACUACACCGGGGCACCGCCGAACAACACGAACGUGGCCACUGGAACCAAGCUGCUCGUGCUGCCCUUCAACUCCUCGGUGGAAUUGGUGAUGCAAGACACGAGCAUCCUCGGCAUCGAGAGCCACCCCCUGCACCUGCACGGCUUCAACUUCUUCGUCGUCGGCCAAGGGGUUGGCAACUACGACAGUGUGAAUGACCCGGCUAAGUUCAACCUCGUCGACCCCGUUGAGCGGAACACCGUUGGGGUGCCAGCCGGCGGAUGGGUGGCCAUUCGAUUCCUCGCCGACAACCCAGGUGUAUGGUUUAUGCAUUGCCAUUUGGAGGUGCACACGACAUGGGGACUCAGAAUGGCAUGGUUGGUACUAGACGGGAACCUGCCAAGCCAGAAGAUACUUCCUCCACCAUCUGAUCUCCCCAAAUGCUAG